AUGGAGAAAAUGCAGAGAUCAGUCGUAGAAGAGGUGGCGCUCGUCGUGCCGGAGACCGACGAUCCGGCGAUGCCGGUCAUGACUUUCAGGGCAUGGUUUCUCGGCAUAGCGUCAUGCGCCAUUCUCAUCUUCCUCAACACCUUCUUCACCUAUCGCACGCAGCCAAUGACCAUCUCGGCCAUCCUCAUGCAAAUAGCUGUUCUGCCAAUCGGCCGAUUCAUGGCGGCGACGCUGCCUAACAAGGAGGUAAAGCUGUUCGGCGGUCGCUGGUGCUUUAAUCUCAACCCGGGACCGUUCAAUAUUAAGGAGCAUGUCAUCAUCACCGUAUUUGCUAACUGUGGGGUGUCGUCGGGGGGAGGUGACGCCUAUUCUAUUGGUGCCAUUACGGUCAUGAAGGCCUAUUAUAAGCAGAGUAUCAGUUUUCUAUGUUCUCUCAUCAUCGUCCUCACCACGCAGGUACAACAUGAAAGUUUUAGAGUUAUUUUGAUAAAAAAUUAUGUCAGAAGUUCCAAAAACAUCUCGUCCAGUGCUAAAAAUAUUCAACUACAGUUCAUUUUAAUAAGCUUGGUCACAUGAAUUCUACUGUUAAAUUAUCAGCUGCUUGGCUACGGUUGGGCUGGAAUGUUGAGAAAAUACUUGGUCGAACCAGCAGGCAUGUGGUGGCCAGCUAACCUUGCUCAAGUUUCUCUCUUCAGAGCUCUCCAUGAGAAGGACAACACGGAGCCACACCACAAAGGCCCAAGCAGAAUGAAAUUCUUCCUUAUAUUCUUCUUCGCCAGUUUUUUCUACUACAUAUUCCCAGGCUUCCUCUUCCCCAUCCUCUCCUUCUUCUCAUGGGUAUGCUGGGCCUGGCCACACAAUCUCACCGCUCAACAAAUUGGGUCCGCCUACCAUGGCCUUGGCCUCGGCGCCUUCACCUUCGACUGGGCUGGCAUCUCAGCUUAUCAUGGAAGCCCUCUCAUAACUCCCUGGUUCUCCAUCCUCAACAUCGCUGUCGGCUUCGUCAUGUUCAUUUACAUUAUUGUACCUCUCUGUUACUGGAAGCUCAACGCAUUCGAUGCCCGCAAAUUUCCUAUUUUCUCCAACAAGUUGUUCACUUCAACGGGCCACAGCUACGAUACGACUUCAGUCUUGACGCCGGAGUAUAAGCUCAACGUGCCGGCUUAUAACAGCUAUGGAAAGCUUUUUCUCAGUCCUCUCUUUGCACUUUCCAUUGGCUCUGGUUUUGCCAGGUUCACUGCAACUCUUACUCACGUCGCCCUCUUCCAUGGCAGGGAUAUUUGGAAGCAGAGCAAGUCGGCAGUGAACGCAGGAGAAGAAAACAUACAUGCGAAGAUGAUGAAAGAGUACAAACCGGUGCCACAAUGGUGGUUUUUUGUUCUUCUAGCAGGAAGCGUCUUCUUCUCCCUCUUGAUCUCGUUCGUGUACAAGGAACAGGUUCAGCUGCCAUGGUGGGGGAUGCUCUUCGCCUUUUCUCUAGCCUGGCUCGUCACUCUCCCCAUUGGCGUUAUCCAAGCUACAACCAACCAACAACCGGGAUAUGACAUCAUAGCGCAGUUCAUGAUCGGAUUUAUCUUGCCUGGGAUGCCGAUAGCCAAUCUUCUUUUCAAGAUCUAUGGAAGGAUUAGCACAGUUCAUGCUCUCUCCUUCCUUUCUGAUCUCAAGCUUGGCCAGUAUAUGAAGAUUCCCCCACGGUGCAUGUAUGCCGCCCAGCUUGUGGGCACUCUAAUCGCAGGCGCAAUCAAUCUAGCCGUAGCAUGGUGGAUGCUUGAAACUAUCGAAAAUAUCUGCGACACCGAUGUUCUUCCCUCUGACAGCCCAUGGACUUGUCCAAAAUACCGCGUCACCUUUGACGCCUCAGUCAUCUGGGGCCUCGUCGGCCCCUCUCGCCUCUUCGGUCACGCCGGCCUUUACCGCAAGCUAGUCUGGCUUUUCCUCGUCGGCGCCGUCCUCCCCCUCCCCAUCUGGAUCCUCAGCAAAUCCUACCCAAAGAAGAAGUGGAUCAGCCUCAUCAACAUUCCAGUCAUAUUGUACGGAUUCGCCGGAAUGCCUCCGGCGACGCCGACCAACAUAGCGAGCUGGCUCAUCACCGGAACGGUGUUCAACUACUUCGUAUUUCAGUACCGGAAGCGGUGGUGGCAGAGGUAUAAUUAUGUGCUGUCGGCAGCGCUGGAUGCAGGGACGGCGUUCAUGGGAGUGCUCAUCUUCUUCGCGCUGCAGCAGAAUGAGAAGGUGAGCUUGAGGUGGUGGGGGACGGAGGUGGAUCACUGUCCGCUGGCCACGUGUCCGACGGAGCAGGGGAUUGUGGUUGCAGGGUGCCCGGUAUUCUGAUUAGCUUGCGAGCCGUAAGGGGAAAGGAAACUAAUUUGUUAGUACCGUUGAAUUUUAAA